AUGGAGCUGGAUGUGGUUGGAUGUACGUGUGAUGUUUGGAGGAGAGGACUCCACCUGCUGCUGCUCUGGAUGCUGCUGCACGCCUCAGAUGCUUCCACCUCUUCCUCCUCCUCUUUGUCGAGUCUCGGAGGUUUUGUGGACUUUACUUUCACGCAGGAGCCUCAGGACACUGUGACGGUGCGAGGCGGCGUUCUGCAGCUCGACUGCCAGGCACAGUCUGACGCCGUGACGGGACCUCUCACCAUCACCUGGCGUAAAGAUGGCGUGCUGCUGAGUGCCGUGGUGGACGAGCGGCGGCGGCAGCUGGCUAACGGCUCACUGCUGGUGCAGAACGUGGUGCACUCGCGGCACCACCGGCCGGACGAGGGGGUGUACCAGUGCCUCGCCACGCUGGACGGACUGGGGAGCAUUGUGAGUCGGACCGCCAAGGUGACUGUGGCCGGUCCUCUGAAGGUGGUCGUCCCCACCGAGUCCGUGUCCUCAUACCUCGGGGACACAGCCCUUCUACGCUGUGAGGUCUCCGGCGACCCGACACCCGUCAUCCGCUGGCAGAAGAACCGGGAGGAGCUGGCGGGGGCCGUGGAGCCCGACUCCCGCGUGGCGGUGCUGCCGUCCGGCUCGCUGCAGGUCAGCCGCGUCCAGCCGCCGGACUCGGCCACGUACCGCUGCCUGGCCGACAACCCGGGCAGCACUAGGACCGGCUCGGACGCCGAGCUGCGGGUGCUCCCAGAACCUGGGCUGAGCAGGAACCUCCAGUUCCUCCAGCGUCCAUCCAGAGUCAUGUCUCUGCUGGGAACCGACGCUGUGCUGGAAUGUUCUGCCUCUGGAUUCCCGACUCCAAGCAUCCAGUGGAGGAGAGGGGAGGAGCUGAUCCACAGCUGGAAUAAGAAGUACUCGCUGCUGGCGGGCAGUAAUCUGAUCAUCAGGAGCGUCACUGACGAUGACUCUGGCAGCUACAGCUGCUCUGCUUCCAACAAGAACCACAACAUCACUGCACACACAGAGCUCAGCGUGCUCGUGCCUCCACAGUUCCUGAACUACCCAACCAACACGUACGCUUACGAGUCCACCGACAUGGAGCUGGAGUGUGCCGUGACGGGAAACCCUCAGCCGACCGUCCGCUGGCUGAAGAACGGAGAGGACGUCAUCCCCAGCGACUACUUCCAGAUUGUGGACGGCAGCAACCUGCAGAUUCUGGGUUUGGUCAAAUCAGAUGAAGGAUUUUAUCAGUGUGUCGCUGAAAACUCGGCCGGCCGCUCACAGGCCAUGGCUCAGCUGCUGCUGCGAGAUCCAGUGUCCCCCAGCCCAGGCGUUGUCCUCCCCUCGCCCCCCCGCGACCUGGUCCCUGUCCUAGUGUCCAGCCGAUUUGUCCGACUCAGCUGGCGCCCCCCCGAGGCCACGGGACGAGCUGUGCAGACCUACGGGGUUUAUUACUCCCAGGACGGAGUCCAGAGGGAGCGGUCGGUGAACGUGUCGGAGCCGGAGUCUUUGGAACUGACGGUUUCUAAUCUGAAACCAGAAGAGAGCUACAGCUUCCGAGUCGUGGCGUAUAACGACCUGGGCCCAGGAGAGAGCUCCGCCCCCCUGAGCAUCACCACCAAACCCGACCUCCAGGUCCCCAGCCGGGUGGAGUCCCUCCGGGUGGAGGCUCUGUCCCCGGCCUCCCUCCAGGUGAGCUGGGAACCUCCCGGCCAACCCAACGGCCCCGUGCUCGGCUACAGGCUGAUGUGGAGCGAGAGUCCGUCCGACAAGGAGCAGAGUGUGGAGGUAAACGGGCUCAACUACAAAAUGGAGGAACUCCAUAAGUUCACCGAUUACACCGUCCGUGUUCUGGCCAUCAACCGCUACGGACCAGGCCCCGCCUCCGAGGCCAUGAGCGUCACCACCCAAUCAGAUGUUCCUAGUGCUCCCCCUCAGAACAUCACAUUAGAGGUCGUCCUGUCCAGGAGCAUCAAGGUGUCAUGGCAGCCGCCUCUGCGCGGCGCCCAGAACGGCAUCAUCACCGCCUACAAGAUCAAAUACAGGAAGACGGGUCGGCGUGGCGACCAAGAGGCCAUCGAACCCAACAACUUCUGGUUCCUGUUCACAGGUUUGGAGAAGGGCAGUCAGUACAGUUUCCAGGUCGCAGCCAUGACGGCCAAUGGAACAGGACCAGCAAGCGACUGGUUCACUGCUGAGACACCAGAAAACGACCUGGAUGAGAGUCAGGUACCCGACCAGCCGAGCUCUCUGCACGUCAGGCCGCUGCCCAACAGCAUCAUCAUGUCCUGGACUCCGCCCCUCAGCCCCAACAUCCUGGUCCGAGGUUACAUCAUCGGCUACGGAGUGGGAAGUCCUUAUGCAGAGACGGUCCGGGUGGACAGCAAGCAGAGAUACUUCUCCAUUGAAAACCUGGAGCCCAGCUCGCACUAUGUGAUUUCCCUGAAGGCGUUCAAUAACGCUGGAGAGGGAGUUCCUCUUUAUGAGAGCGCCGUCACUCGAUCUCUGACAGACCCCAUAGACCCAUCCGAGGAUGACCUUUUCCAUCUCUUUGAUAAAUACCCCACUCCCAUGCCAGACACCAGCACUCCCAUGAUUCCCCCAGUGGGGGUCCAAGCUGUGGCUCUGUCCUCAGACUCCGUCCGGGUGUCCUGGGCAGACAACUCCAUGACCAAGAACCAGAAGUCGUCUGAGGUCCGGUUCUACUCCGUCAAGUGGAAGACCAGCUACUCCACCAGCGGAAAGUACAAGUCUGCAGACACCACGGCCCUUAGCCACACUGUGGCCAGCCUCAAACCAAACACCAUGUACGAGUUUGCUGUCAUGGUAACCAAAGGCCGCAAGUCGAGCACAUGGAGUAUGACGGCUCACGCCACGACGUACGAAGCAGCUCCUAGCUCCGCCCCCAAAGACUUGACGGUGAUCAGUCGCGAAGGACGACCCCGCGCCAUUUUAAUCAGCUGGCAACCGCCGAUGGAGGCAAACGGACGAAUCACAGGUUACAUCCUGUACUACACGCUGGAUAAGAACAUGCCGAUAGACGACUGGGUGAUGGAGGCGAUCAGCGGCGACCGGCUGACUCACCAGGUCGUCGAUCUGAACCUCGACACCGUUUAUUACUUCAGGAUUCAGGCCAAGAACGCCAAAGGGGUCGGCCCGCUGUCUGAGCCCGCCCACUUCAGGACCGCCAAAGUGGAACAUCCAGACAAGAUGGCCAAUGAUCAAGGUCGCGGAGGAGAACACAGCUACUGGCCGUCUGACACCAACCUCAUCGACAGGAGCAGCAUCAACGAGUCUCCCAUUGGUCAGAUGCGUCCACCUCACGGCAGCGCCACGCCACAGAAGAACGGCAACCUGCUGGUCCUCAUCGUGGUUUCCGUGGGAGCCGUCACCGUCGUUGUGGUCGUCAUCGUCGCGCUAAUCUGCACCAGGCGCUCCUCGGCUAAACAGAGGAAGAAGAGAGCGAGUACCAGUGCCAGUAAGAGGAAGGGCAGCCAGAAGGACCUGCGACCUCCUGACCUCUGGAUCCACCACGAGGAGAUGGAGAUGAAGAACAUGGAGAAGGCGCCGAGCAUCGCCCCAUCGGCACGUGACUCGCCCAUCAAGUCCUGCCAGGACCUCCCCCAGGUCGCACACAGCCAAUCAGAGAGCCAGAUUGGCAGCAAGAGCAGCCAUUCAGGAGCGGACGGAGAUGAUGCCUCCAGCUGUAUCUCGACUCUGGAGCGCUCCCUGGCUGCCAGGAGGGGAACCCGAGGGAAAAUGAUGAUUCCUAUGGACUCACAACCAAGUAACACACCGGUUGUUAGUGCGAUCCCGGUGCCGGCUCUGGACUCGUCUCAGUAUCCUGGUAUCCUGCCUUCACCUUCCUGCAGCUUCUCACACAACAAGUUCAGCCUGAGGCCGAUGCCUUUCCCCAGCCUGACGGUGGACAGAGGUUACACACCAGCGAUGCCCUCGGAGAUCUGCACCAAUCCUCUCCUGCAGCAGCAGCCUCCACCACAGCCGGCCCCUCCCCUCCUUCCAGGCUCCUCCCCCCUGCCGGUUGAGCACCCCCCUGUGGUCGGUCCAGUUCCGGGCGCUCCGACUUCAGCUGCAGCCUCUGAGGAGGUCCAGGCAACGAAUGCUCGGAGCAUCCCAACGGCCUGUGUGCGGCCCACGCACCCGCUACGAAGUUUCACCAACCCACUGCUGCCCCCCCCCAUGGGGACCAUCGACCCUAAGGUGUACACAUCCAUGCUUCCACAGUCCAGUGCUAGCCUCCCAAAGCCCCAGGUGAAGACGGCCUCUCUGGGUCAGGCGGGUAAGGCUCGAUCGCCUCUGCUGCCGGUCUCGGUUCCGACGGCGCCAGACUUCCCAGAAGAGGGAGAAACGAAACCCGACGAGGAUUCAGCUGCUAACGUUUACGAGCAGGACGACCUGUCUGAGCAGAUGGCCAGUCUAGAGGGACUGAUGAAGCAGCUCAAUGCUAUUACUGGUUCAGCCUUCUAA